AAUUACAAAACAAGCCAAGUAUGUGAGUGGCUCAAGGAGGCUGCAAAAGGAGAGAAAAACAACAACAGCCUCUUUCCUCUCUUCUCUCAAACUCAAAAUUCUCUUAAGUGGGAAUUGGGUUUUGGCUUAUUUCAACAUUAUAGCCACUAAUACCCAAAAAAUCUCUUCCUUCUUCUUCAAACAAAAAUAUACUACAAAACCUAAGUCCAAAACCCUAAUAUUAAAGCCAAUCCAAUAUUCUUUUUUAUUUCUUGAUUAAUCAAGUUUUCAACCAAUAUUAUACCCAUUCUUGUUUUCUUGUACUACUUAUUAUAUAAAGAACAUUACAUUUUUUCCAAAUAUUUCAAGAACAAGACAUCUCUUCCCUCCUUUGAGAGAGUUCCUUUUACAGAAGAAACAGACCAAUUACUACAACUACAAGGAAUAUUAAUUCAUUCAACCAUUUUUAUUACACUUCUAAAGAUGCUUUCUGCUAUUUGCAUUCUCUUAUUCUGUUUCUUAAUCUCAUUUUUCCCACUAAUUACAGCUUCCCUUAAUCUCACCCUCCCCUAUCAACACCCUUACCCUGAAGCUGUGGUUCAAGAACUACAAAGUAAGGUGAAUGAGUCCAUAUCAAGAAGACAACUGUUAGACACAACCAUAAAUGCACAAUGUCAAACGGGGAACCCAAUAGACGAUUGCUGGCGCUGCGACUCAAACUGGGCCAGCAAUCGUCAACGUUUAGCAGAUUGCGCCAUAGGCUUCGGUCAGGGCGCAAUCGGAGGAAGAAAUGGCAAGAUUUAUGUUGUCACCGAUUCCUCCGACAGAGAUAUUGUCAACCCAACGCCGGGGACUCUCCGGCACGCGGUAAUCCAAGACGAACCGCUCUGGAUAAUUUUCUCAGCCGACAUGUUUAUUAAAUUAAAACAUGAACUUAUCGUAAAUAGUUACAAAACAAUCGACGGUCGUGGUGCAAAAGUACACAUUACGGGCAAUGGGUGUAUAACGUUACAAUAUAUUAGUAAUGUUAUUAUACACAAUGUUCAUAUUUACAAUUGUCGUCCUUCGGGAAAUACUAAUAUACGUUCGACCCCGACUCACGUUGGGCAUAGAGGAAGAUCAGACGGUGAUGGAAUUUCUAUAUUUGGAUCGCGAAAUAUAUGGAUUGAUCAUUGUGCAUUGUCGCAUUGUACCGACGGCUUAAUUGAUGCUAUCAUGGGGUCCACUGCGAUUACUAUAUCUAACAACUAUUUCACUCACCAUGAUGAAGUUAUGCUCUUGGGACAUGAUGAUAGAUAUUUGCCCGACUCCGGAAUGCAGGUUACAAUAGCGUUCAAUCAUUUUGGAGUAGGAUUAGUACAGAGAAUGCCAAGGUGUAGAAGAGGAUAUAUACAUGUAGUGAACAAUGAUUUUACAGAAUGGCAAAUGUAUGCAAUUGGAGGAAGUGCUAAUCCUACUAUUAAUAGUCAAGGCAAUCGUUAUAUGGCGCCAGUGGAUCCAAAUGCUAAAGAGGUGACAAAGCGCGUGGAAACAGACGAGCGGGAGUGGAGUGACUGGAACUGGAGAACAGACGGGGACGUAAUGGUAAAUGGAGCAUUUUUCGUGCCAUCAGGUGACGGGCUGAGCAACCAAUACGCGAAGGCCUCGAGCGUGGAGCCCAAAUCCGCCGUUCUUAUUGAUCAACUCACCCUCAACGCCGGUGUUUUUGGUGCCCCGAGGGAAAAAGAGGGAAGAUCAGUAUCAGGUCAUGUGAGGUGUUUUGGGAGCGCGUGAGAUGAGAAGUUAGAUUCUGUGAUUCAUGCUUUCCAGCCCAUGAAAAAUGUGGGGCCCAAAAGACUUUUCUUAAAGGUUUUGGGCCCCACUUUUGAUAUUAACUGGGCUUGGACCACUUUCCGUUAAGAUAAAGGUAGGGCCUAUAUGGCCUAGUUGCUCAAAAGCUCAAGCUCGAUGUUGUUAGUCAAGAUGUACAAUUGAUAUUGGGGUUUUUACAUCUAUACUUGAUUUUGGAGUCGCAAUUGAAUCUAUACCGAUUUUACAAAAAAAAUUACAAGUCUACCACUUUACGAUCAACUACAGACUUAUCAGGUUUGAAAUUAAAAAAAAUUAGUCUAAAGUAAAAAAAAUUGUAUUCAGAUGCACUUAAGGCCAAAUAUGUCUGAAA